GAUUACACCGGUGUAUCAUGGGAGCGGCCCGAACUACACUCAAAAAAACAAGGGGCGCGCGCAAAGCUGAACUUGGCGCUUGAUGGGGACUUUUUGCCGCGCGGGAACUACAGGGGCGUUGCAGGACUACAGCGCAGUGCAUCUGGGGAGGCCGAUUCGACGGGACCGGCCAGUCGGCCUCGCGUGCCCUCCCGCGGCACCGCCGUCCCCGAGAUGCUGAGCCCCCACCGUCUCCUCGCAGCCUCCUCAUGCCCGGCUGCGAGCUGCCCGUGGGCACCUGCCCGGACAUGUGCCCGGCCGCCGAGCGCGUCCAGCGCGAAAGGGAGCGCCGCCUGCACCGCUUGGAGGUGGCGCCGGGGUGUCGCCAGGACCCGCCGCGCGCUGACCCGCAGCGCGCGGUGAAGGAGUACAGCCGACCAGCCGCCGGCAAGCCCCGGCCCCCACCCAGCCAGUUGCGUCCGCCCUCUGUGCUGCUGGCCACCGUGCGCUACCUGGCCGGUGAAGUGGCGGAGAGCGCAGACGCCGCCCGCGCAGAGGUGGCCAGCUUCGUGGCAGACCGCUUGCGAGCCGUGCGCCUGGAUCUGGCUCUGCAGGGCGCGGGCGACGCUGAGGCAGCAGUGGUGCUAGAGGCGGCGCUGGCCACGCUGCUGGCCGUGGUGGCGCGGCUCGGGCCCGACGCGGCGCGGGGACCCGCGGACCCCGUGCUGCUGCAGGCCCAGGUGCAGGAGGGUUUCGGCUCGCUGCGGCGCUGCUACGCUCAGAGCGCCGGACCGCACCCCCGGCAGCCCGCCUUCCAGGGCCUCUUUCUGCUCUAUAACCUGGGCUCAGUGGAGGCCCUGCGCGAGGUUCUACAGCUACCUGCUGCCCUGCGUACCUGCCCGCCCCUCCGCAAGGCCUUGGCGGUAGAUGCUGCUUUCCGAGAGGGCAAUGCUGCCCGCCUGUUCCGCCUACUCCAGACCCUGCCCUACCUGCCAAGUUGUGCUGUGCAGUGCCAUGUGGGCCAUGCACGCCGGGAAGCCCUGGCCCGCCUCGCUCGUGCCUUUAGCACCCCCAAGGGCCAGACCUUGCCUCUGGGCUUUAUGGUCAACCUGCUGGCCCUGGAUGGACUCAAGGAAGCACAGGACCUGUGCCAGGCCCACGGGCUGCCCUUGGACGGAGAGGAGAGAGUUGUGUUCCUGAGGGGUCGCUACGUGGAGGAAGGGCUACCACCUGCCGGUACAUGCAAGGUGUUAGUGGAGAGCAAACUUCGAGGACGCACCCUGGAGGAGGUGGUCAUGGCAGAGGAGGAAGAUGAGGGCAUGGACAGACCUGGAUCCCUACCUGAGGAGGGAACAUGAGCCUCCCAGAGCCCCGGACUGGGUCAGAGCACUUAGGUUUCUUUUUCUAUGGUUCCCAGCUAAUAAAAGGAACUUGUUUUGUUGGUA